UGUGAAAGAAAAGAGAACUAAAGAAGGAGAGGAUCAAUGGUUUCUCCCAUUCCUACCAGUGUCAAGAGGAUAUGGGAAAAGUGGAAUCUCCGGGGAUUUGUACUCCUCAGCCUCUCAUUGCAAACUGUUCUAAUUCUUGGUGCACCUUUCCGAAAGCGAUCUCCCAACCUAUUUGUAACCUUUGUUAUCUGGUCAUCUUACUUGCUUGCUGACUGGGCAGCUAACUUUGCAAUUGGCCUAAUUGCAAACAGCCAGGGUGAUGAUCCUUUUGUUCGAAGCCCCACCAACAACGGUGAUUUUAACAGCGAUCUUCUGGCAUUUUGGGCUCCCUUUCUUCUGCUACACCUUGGUGGUCCAGACACCAUAACAGCAUUUGCUCUUGAGGAUAACACACUGUGGCUUAGGCACUUGUUUGGGCUUGUGUUCCAGGUUAUAGCUGCAGUUUAUGUCUUCAUUCAAUCUUUUCCCAAAAACAAGCUGUGGCUGCCUACAGUUCUCCUAUUUCUAGCUGGAAUCAUCAAGUAUGCUGAGCGCACGCGUGCCCUGUAUAAAGCAAGCUUGGAUAACUUCAAGGAGUCCAUGCUUAAGAAACCUGACCCUGGACCCAACUAUGCAAAGCUAAUGGAGGAAUACUCUUCCAAAAAAGAUGCCAAACUUCCAACUCAUAUAGAGUUGACUGCAGAGAGGAGCAAAGAAUCCAGGACUACUACUUAUGUGGUGGAUGAUGGGGAUAUGAAAGAUAAUGUGCCACUGGUUCGCCAUGCCUUUCACUUCUUUAACAUCUUCAAGGGUCUUAUUGUGGAUCUCAUUUUCAGCUUUCAUGAGCGUUUUGAGAGUCGUGUAUUUUUCCAUGAGAGAACAGCAGAGGAAGCUUUCAAGUUAGUUGCAAUUGAGCUCAAUUUCAUGUAUGAAGCUCUAUUCACCAAGGUGGUUGUUGUGCAUUCUAAGUGGGGAUACAUAUGCCGAGCUAUAUCCUUCAGUGCAGUUUGCACAGCUCUUGUUUGCUUCCAAAAAAUAGAGAAACAUGAUUUUCAUGGUUUUGAUGUUGGAAUCACUUAUACUUUGCUUUUCGGGGCCUUGGCCUUGGAUGCAAUAGCUGUUAUCAUGCUUAUAUUCUCUGACUGGACUGUUGCUGCUGUGAAGAAAUCUUGCCAAAAAUCUUGUCUAGCCAAUAUUCUCAAAAGGUACGUCACGCUCAAGCAAUCAAGGUGGUUCGUUGAAGAAAAUGCAAAUCCAUUUUUGGAGAGGUGCAGACAACUUCUAUUUCGAAGGUGGUAUGAAUCUGUCUCCAUAUUUAACUUGAUACAUUAUUCCCUCAAGGAAUGUCCAAGUCUGAGUCCUAAUAUUUUUGAUUACAUUUUCAAGGCCUACAUCAAUAUCAUAUACUUGCUGGGUCUUAAGGAUCUUCGAGAUAAGAUCAAAUAUAGGACCAGCAAGCCACUCGAAAAAGGGCUAUGGGAAUUCAUUUUUGCUCAGUUGAAAAAUAAGUCCUUGCUUGCAGAUGAUCCUGAAACUGCCAGGAGAAUAAGUUCAGCCAGAGGUGACUGGAUUUUACAGGAUAGUGAGUGGAACAAUAUCAAAGAUUUUGGUAACUUGCUCUCUUGUGUUGUCGAUGUUGAAUAUGAUCAGAGCAUUCUACUGUGGCACAUUGCUACUGAGUUCUGUUAUAAUAAUGACAGUAAGGAUAAAGAAUACGAGGCUGUUCUCACUAAAAUGGAACAUUGUAAGACCUUGUCUGAUUACAUGGUAUACCUCCUAGUUAUGCAGCCUACUAUGAUGUCUUCUGUAGCAGGAAUUGGACAAAUAAGAUUCCGUGAUACGUGUGCAGAAGCCAUAAAGUUCUUCAGCAGAAGGGAACUAGGACCAGAAGUGGCUCAAAUAGACGCAUGUAAUAGACUUCUUGAGGUAAAUACAGAUGUUCAGCCGGUUGAUGUCAAAGGGGAUCGGAGUAAAUCAGUGCUGUUUGAUGCAUGUAUUCUAGCUAAACAACUGAAAAAUAUGAAGACAAAUAAAUGGGAUCUCAUGUGUGAAGUGUGGGUGGAAUUACUAGCAUAUGCAGCAGGUCACUGCAGAGCAAAUGACCAUGUUCAAUUGAUGAGCAAAGGUGGAGAACUUGUCACAUUUGUUUGGUUAGUGAUGGCUCAUUUUGGCAUAGGGGAGCAGUUCCAGAUCAAUGAGGGGCAUGCAAGAGCAAAACUCAUUGUGGGAAAGUAACUAUAUACAGUUAGUUACAUUGAAUAAAUGAUGUAGAAAUUAGUCAUGGUAAAGCAUGAUGCAAAAACU